AUGGAGAACCCCUCAUUUGUCCUGCGCGACAUCAAAGACGUCGUCAUUGAAGACCGGCCCAAACCCAUCCUCAAAGACCCUCACGAUGUGAUUGUCCAUGUGGCACAGACUGGUAUUUGUGGAAGUGAUGUUCACUACUGGCAACGCGGUCGCAUCGGCGAUUUCAUCCUCACCGGACCCAUGAUCCUCGGCCACGAAUCCUCCGGCGUAGUUGUCGAAGUCGGCGACAAAGUCCGACACCUCAGACCGGGCGAUCGCGUCGCCAUGGAACCCGGCGUACCCUGUCGUCGUUGCGACUACUGCCGCAGUGGGUCGUAUAACCUCUGUGGUGACACCAUCUUCGCGGCGACCCCGCCUUGGGAUGGCACACUGGCCAAAUACUACGUCAACGCCGGUGACUAUUGCUACAAGGUGCCAGACCACAUGACUCUCGAGGAAGCAGCCAUGGUUGAGCCUGUAUCGGUCGCCGUGGCCAUCACCAAGACAGCUAACCUGCAAGCCCAUCAGACCGUCUUGGUUCUGGGCUGUGGUCCGAUCGGCGUACUCUGCCAGGCCGUGGCCAAGGCCGCUGGAGCAAAGACCGUCAUCGGAGUGGAUGUGGUUCCAUCCCGACUGGAAGUCGCCAAGUCGUACGGCGUCGAUCACACGUUCAUGCCCUCGCGGGCCGAGCCAGGCACAGACUCCAUGGUGCACGCGGUGCGGGUGGCCACACAGCUGAAGGAGGAGCUGGGACUGGGAGAAGGCGCCGACGUGGUGUUGGAGUGCUCUGGUGCUGAGCCGUGUGUCCAGUUGGGUAUCUAUGCCGCCCGCCGGGGAGCUACAUUCGUGCAGGCCGGUAUGGGCAAGGAGAACAUCACGUUCCCCAUUACGGCGGUAUGCACGCGUGGGUUGACCAUCAAGGGAUCGAUCCGUUAUCUGACCGGAUGCUACCCUGCGGCUAUUGAUCUGAUCGCCAAGGGCAAGAUUGAUGUGAAGCGGUUGAUCACGAACCGGUUCCCGUUCGAGAAGGCCGAGGAGGCAUUUGAGUUGGUCAAGGCGGGACGGUCGGAUGUGUUCAAGGUCAUGAUUGCGGGUGUGCAGGAGUAA